GCCACCGGCAUCGCCUCGGAGCGGCCCCGGGGGAGCGGGGCUGGCCGGGGCCGCUCGCCCCCGCGGGCCCGGAGCGGGGCUCGGCUUAGGCACCGACUGCCGCCGAGCAGCCGUCCCCUGACGGGCUUGCUGCCUGCCGUGCUUGCUUGGAUGAGUCUGCGACAUGCCUAAUAAGAGACGAGAUGGGCCAGGGCGACGAGAGCGACCGCAUUGUGAUCAACGUGGGAGGGACUAGGCACCAGACUUACCGCAGCACCCUGCGCACCCUGCCCGGCACGCGGCUGGCCUGGAUCGCUGAGCCCGAUGCCCACAGCCACUUUGACUAUGACCCCCGCACGGAUGAGUUUUUCUUUGACAGGCACCCGGGCGUCUUCGCCCACAUCCUGAAUUACUACCGCACUGGCAAGCUGCACUGCCCCGCGGACGUGUGCGGGCCCCUGUAUGAGGAGGAGCUGGCCUUCUGGGGCAUCGAUGAGACCGAUGUGGAGCCCUGCUGCUGGAUGACCUACCGGCAGCACCGCGACGCCGAAGAGGCUCUGGACAGCUUUGGUGGGGCGCCCCUGGAUAGCAGUGCUGAGGACGGAGACAUAGAUGGCACCGGGGACUCUGGCGAUGGUGAAGAUGAGCUGGAGAUGACAAAACGCCUAGCUCUUAGUGACUCCCCAGAUGGCAGGUCUGGGGGCUUCUGGAGACGGUGGCAGCCCCGCAUCUGGGCACUCUUUGAGGAUCCCUACUCCUCCAGAUAUGCAAGGUAUGUGGCAUUUGCCUCCCUGUUCUUCAUUUUGGUCUCCAUUACCACCUUCUGCCUCGAGACCCACGAGAGAUUUAACCCCAUUGUGAACAAGACAGAAACGGAAUUCAUCGGGAAUGACACGCAGGUGCGGCACUACAGGGAAGCAGAGACGGAAGCCUUUCUCACCUACAUCGAAGGUGUCUGUGUGGUCUGGUUUACAUUUGAGUUCUUGAUGAGAGUCACUUUCUGCCCAAACAAGGUGGAAUUUAUCAAAAACUCUUUGAACAUCAUUGACUUUGUGGCCAUACUGCCUUUCUAUCUAGAGGUUGGACUCAGUGGCCUGUCUUCCAAAGCUGCUAAGGAUGUCCUGGGCUUCCUCCGCGUAGUCCGUUUCGUGCGAAUCCUGCGAAUUUUCAAGCUGACCCGCCACUUCGUCGGGUUGCGGGUCUUGGGACACACCCUCCGUGCCAGCACAAACGAAUUCUUGCUGCUCAUCAUAUUUUUGGCAUUGGGCGUCUUAAUCUUUGCCACGAUGAUCUAUUAUGCCGAGAGAAUAGGUGCUAAACCAAAUGACCCUAGUGCCAGUGAACACACACACUUUAAAAAUAUCCCCAUCGGCUUUUGGUGGGCUGUUGUCACCAUGACGACCCUGGGCUACGGAGACAUGUAUCCUCAGACUUGGUCAGGCAUGCUGGUGGGGGCCCUCUGCGCUCUCGCUGGUGUGCUGACCAUUGCCAUGCCUGUCCCUGUCAUUGUGAACAAUUUCGGAAUGUAUUACUCCUUAGCUAUGGCUAAGCAGAAGCUACCAAAGAAAAAAAAGAAGCAUAUCCCGAGGCCACCCCAGCUGGGAUCCCCCAAUUAUUGUAAAUCUGUCGUAAACUCUCCACACCACAGUACUCAGAGCGACACUUGCCCACUGGCCCAAGAAGAAAUUUUAGAAAUUAACAGAGCAGACUGUCACAUUUUAUUCUGUGAAGUUUUUCUCCAAUUCCCAUCAACCCGAGCUCCAUGUUGGGCAGCCGAGGAGAUUACAAUACAGUUCUUUAUUGCAAAAGAACCAGCAAUGUCACAGACUAUAGGUAACUUCACUGAGGUUGUGACACAAAACCUGAUGCGAGGUAUUAAUGCAAAGAGUAAGUACUUGGUAUGAAAAUAGAGCUAUUUAGUCAAAUUACUUUCUUUUUUUUCAGAUAGUCUGCAUGGGAAAAAUUAAUUUUCAUUACUCUCCAGAAGAAAACACUCACAAACCAACCAAUCUAGGAUUCUUGUCACUCUCAUUUGAAAACCAAUGGUGCCUAUGUCAACAUCUCAUUGCUCAUUUUCAAAGGCUUAAACCCAUACUUUCUAUGCUGUUCUUCUCUAUGCUAA